AUGCAGCCCAGCUCGUUCUUGCUGUGCGCCUCGACAUGCUUGGUACUGGGAUCCUUAUGCCGCUGGACGGCCGCCGCACCGCAACACCCGGGAUUCAACCCGCUGCUCGAACGCCAAGCCGAAUCGACACCCCAGACACCGCCAGCACCGCAGCCUCCGGCGCCGCCGCCGCCGGGAUGGUUCAACUUCCCAGGGGUCAGCGUGGUUGUGCCGGCCUUCCAAGUUCCGAACUUCCAGUUCGCGGUCGUCAACUGGACGUUUCCCGGGUUUCAGACUCCCCAGGUACCUCAAAUUCCAUGGAUGCCUCAGAUGCCUCAAAUGCCCCAGUUCAACUUCUCUGUACCCGGUUUCGGCGUCCUGCCAAGCAUCCCAAGUCUUCCCGGACUUCCCGGAUUUCCUGGACUUCCCGCUGUGCCUGCCAUGCCAAGUUUUGUAGGCUUGUCUGGUGAUAUCCCCGAUGUUCCUGACAUUCCCGAUGUCCCGGAUAUACCGGACAUUCCAGAUAUCCCGGAUGUCCCUGAUGUUGUCGGCGGUACAGAUGCCUCGCCGUCCAUACCCGUGCCUCAAGAUCUGCCCCCGUCAGCGCCAAUCGCAAGCGAGAAACUUCGAGACCACAGGUCGUCGCAGUGAGCAGAAGAAACGUGCAUGGAGCCACGUGCUCCACGCACAGCGCUUAGGACUGCUGCUGAUAAACAGCAAUCCGUAACAUGGUGGAAACGAAGUAAAUUAUACGAGCUAGCUUGCAGGUGUUCUUAGUGUUGUAACAAGGCAGGCGGUUUGUGUUCAUGAAAAGAGUGGCCAACUACGCGCGCACGCACGCAUGCACGCACCCCUCUCCCUCUCCCCGGACGCACACACGCGCGCGCGCACACACACGCACAUAAUACGCCAAGAUUGGCACCGAGGUGCAAACGAGCCAAAAAAAUUGUCAUGCAGAUGCUAUAUGCAAUGACCGUCCAACAACGAAUGAAACAGCCAGUUUAUCUGAAGGGCAAGUAAUUAAGGAAUCUCAUCGCUUUCGUUCCCAAAAGCAAACUUUCGGGAGCUUGUGGUCCGAGGUAUAUCUCAAAUGCGAGUAACACCAGUUCACUUGAAAAAAAAAAUUACUCGCCAUUACACAUUCGCUCUUCGUACAAUUGCCACAACAGCAGCAUCCUUACAUCUACAUUUGCGCCUGAAACAGUAUAAUUCACUACCUGGUUUCCUUCAUAACACACGGGGCAACAUAUUGAGCUGUUUUUGUUGCGCACCCCCUGUGCAGCAAUAAACUUCUAAUUUGACUAUUAAAAUGGUGGAAGCUUUUGCUG